CCUGCCUCCAACCCAAGACCUUUAGUCUUCUCUCCUUACUAUCUUACAAUGUCCUCAAAGACGACUCUCCCAUCCGGUUCAACGUUUGACUCCAGUCUGGACAUGACCCGGAGUCCGGCUUUCCAGCGAGCAGUGCUUCGGGCAGCACAAUACAAGUGUCUUCAAGCACUUAAAGCUGGAAAGAUUCGCCUAGUUCAAGAACCCAAUCCCAAUAUCCCUACCAGAUUUACUCCAAGAAUGGAUCUAGUCGAUGACACAAGCGCGAACAAGUUGACGGCUAUAUUCGAGCUCCCCGGUGUGAAGACGAGCGACAUUAGCCUUCAAAUCCGGGAGGGCAACCUCAUCGUUACUGGAGAGCGACGUGCCCCGCAGACAAUUCAGAGCGCUUUGGCGUCGCAGAAGACCCUUCCCCGCAACCCAGUGACCGCAGCAGACGAUGUCGCAGCUGGAGAUGAGUCCGAGUCGACCUCUUCUCACGUUGCAAUCCAAGAACUUCGCUUCGGCUCCUUCUAUCGAUCUCUCCCCGUGCCUGCAGGCAUCAAGGAGUCAGAUGUCACAGCUGCUUUGCAAGACGGAAUGUUGACAGUUACAUGGCCCAAGAUUCCGGGACGACUUCAGAAUACGAUGGCGGUUAACAACAUCGCGCCGAAUACGUCCGCGAUUGCCGCUCAGUAAAUGGGAAAUCCAGGAUCUUCCAUUGUAUUGUUUUUGAUUUGAAAAGUAGCGAUGGGCAUUAUUAUUCGACUUUCGACUUACAAAUGCUUCGCACACGACCACCCCACAAACGCCUCUGGUGGUCAAGGCCAAGAUUCAUCGUCCCAAUCCCCUUCUUUAUCCUUAUUCACAGGGCUUUUUACUCGAGAUACCCAUGGACACUCCUCAUGUAGACACUCCAGAUUCGGUUAUGAUCGUACUCCCGUCUCUGCUUCGCAUGCUUCUUUUCUUUAAUGCACGAUUACACUGCUUGUCUCGGUGAUGACCUCCCUUCUCUACUAAUACUGUCUUUCGCUGUACUAUAUAUCUCCUCCGCUUUGUCGUUGUACCUUGGUCAUAAUGUACUUGUAUUUUACUCGC